UUUAUCGGACGAGUCGCCUGCGAGAACACCAAAUACCAUGUCCGCCGCUGCGGCAGCACGCAUCGCGACCAAGGCGUUCGCGGCCCCUACCCGCCGCGCCGCCUCCUUCUCCACGGUUCCGCCCCGCGAAGCCGGCGGUCCCAGGGCGAGAGGGAAGAGCAGGGUCAACGUCAACAGCAAGAACUCUGGCGAGAGCGCCGUCGAGGUCCCCGUUUUCGAUCUCCGACACAUCACGUCGAGUCCGCGGGCGCGGUUCUGGCUGAUUUCAGCGCUCUGCGUCGCUGGAAGCGUCGAGAUGUAUGGGUGGUACACUUUCGGCCCCAGGAUUUUAGGGUGGGAGGAGGGCCGCAAGGGGGAUGAGGACGUUUGAGGGCGUUGAGAAGAGGGUGAUGUUGUAGUAACUUGCUGGAGCAUACUGCUGGCUGUCUCUGCUCAAUCAUGUUCGUCAGUCGAGAUUCGGCUCCGCGGCACACCCCGCUCAGUCACUUGCGUCCU